UAGGUAUACCUCACCACUCGAUAAUAUGCGUUAUCACUUGGCACCAAUUGGUCUCUUACUAUGUUUAUUUCUUGCUGACGCUCAGGUUGAGCAGCUCAAUCCUGGAAGAUAUUAUGCAAAGGCAGCUCCAGUUCUAACUCCCGAUCUUCUUAGGCCUUGCUUAUCCCCGCCAUGCCCAAUUGCUGCAAAUCCUUUGGCUCCGGGACCUGUGGCACCUGCUCCUGGUCCAGCUCCAGGCCCAGCUCCAGGUCCAGCACCAGAAGAGAACCUACCAACUCCUCCACCAGAGCAAUAUCCUCCACAAGACUAUUCUGUUCAAUCUCCACCAGCUCCUCAAGGGCAACAGCCUAUCUAUCCAGGAGGCCAAACUCCACAAGGGUAUCCAGCUCACAGACCUGUCUAUCCACAACAACCAUUACAAAAUCCACAAGGUUAUCCACAAGGAUACCCCAAUGCUGCUCAAUCUCCUUCUCAGCCACCAGGAUACCCACAACAACAAGCCUCACAAGGCUAUCCACAACCUCCGCAGGCACAACAGACUCCUCAAGGGUAUCCAGGUCCUGCUCAAAUCCCACAGGGCUAUCCACAAAAUCAGCAAGCUCCACAAAUGUCACAAGGAUAUUCACAGGCUUCACAACAAGCUCCCCAAGGUCAUCCAUCUGGCCCACAGCAACCUUUAAUGACUGGACAAUAUCCACCAUCCCAACAGAAACCACAGGGAUAUACACAAGGGUAUCAAGAUUCUGCUCAAGUUCCACAGGGAUAUCCCCAAAGUCAACAAGCUCCUCAGGCCCCACAAGGAUAUCCACAGCAACCACCACAAGAUCCUACCCAAUAUGCUCAGCCUCCGCAACAACAACAACCAUAUCCAUAUCCAUCACAGCAACAACUUCAAUCACAGGCUUCCCAAGGAUAUCCUCAAAAUUAUCCACAGCAACAACCCAUGCCAUCCCAAUAUUCCCCACAGCAGGCUCAACAACAGUUGCCACCAAGCCAGUACCCUGAGCAAGGCCCCGGCCCAAUUCAACAGCAAUUCCCACAACAAUAUCCUCAAGGACCUGCACAACAACAAGCUCCUGGCCCACAACAAUAUCCACAGGGGCUUCAAGGAUCUCCGCAAGGAUCACAACAGCAGCAAAUGCCACCUCAACCACAGCAACAAAUGCCUUCAUACAAUCAGCCAGAAGCCCUGCGACAGGAGAUUGACCAAAUUCAGGAAGGUCCAAUGCCUACACGUGGAAACCGUUUGCAGUUUGGAGAUGAAGCUCAGGCAGUUUUCUCCAAGGCCGUAUACACUUCUUCUGGCGUUCCUGCACCAAGAGCUGGGAAAUAUCUUCAACCACCAAGAGCACCAAACGCUGAGCCAGCUGGAGCCAAGGCAUUCACUUAUGCCAAUUACUUCAUUGGAAGUAACAAAAAGCCGUCUUCGGAUUAAGAGACCCAACUACCGUGACAAAGCUUUGACGAACCCCCGACUACGAUCUGUAUUAUUUAUCUGUAAAUAUUGUAUUGUAAGAUCAUUCCAUUCAAUAAAUAUUUCAAUGACA